GCUUUGUAUUUUAGCCAACAUAAGUACUUUCAACAAACUCAGGUGGUGUAUCAGGGAGACAUUUUCUGGGUGUAUUUGUGUAUUUUCUGCCUUUGAAAUGGAAUGCAUUCUAAUGCAAGUCUGUUUCUCUGCAGGAGUUAUUCCUGAUGAGACUAAGGCUUUGUCUCUCUUGGCACCAGCUAAUGCUGUGGCAGGUCUGCUGCCUGGAGGUGGACUCCUGCCUACUCCCAACCCACUUUCUCAGAUUGGUGCUGUUCCUUUAGCUGCUUUAGGAGCUCCUGCUCUUGAUCCUGCCCUAGCUGCUCUUGGGCUUCCUGGAGCAAACUUAAACUCUCAGUCUCUUGCAGCAGAUCAACUACUAAAACUUAUGAGCACAGUGGAUCCAAAGUUGAACCAUGUAGCUGCAGGUCUUGUUUCACCAAGUCUGAAAUCAGAUACCUCCAGUAAAGAAAUAGAAGAAGCAAUGAAAAGAGUACGAGAAGCACAGUCAUUAAUUUCUGCUGCUAUAGAGCCAGACAAAAAAGAUGAAAAACGGAGGCAUUCACGGUCAAGGUCACGCUCAAGGAGGAGAAGGACACCUUCUUCAUCUAGACACAGACGGUCAAGAAGCAGAUCAAGGAGAAGGUCCCAUUCAAAAUCAAGAAGCAGGAGGCGAUCUAAAAGUCCAAGGCGAAGAAGAUCUCAUUCCAGAGAGAGAAGCAGAAGGUCUAGGAGUACAUCCAAAACCAGGGAUAAAAAGAAGGAAGAGAAAGAAAAGAAACGUUCCAAAACUCCCCCCAAAAGCUACAGCACAACUAGACGAUCCAGAAGCACAAGCAGCGGUGCUGGUUUUGGAGCCAGAGAUGUGUUGAUCUCUUUUUCAUGCAGAGAAAGACGACGUAGAAGAAGCAGGAGUGGAACACGGUCACCUAAAAAACCCAGGUCUCCUAAAAGGAAAAUGUCCCGAUCCCCAUCUCCAAGAAGACAUAAAAAGGAAAAAAAGAAGGAUAAGGACAAGGAGAGAAGUAGAGAUGAGAGGGAGCGGUCAACAAGCAAGAAAAAAAAAAGCAAAGACAAAGAGAAGGAUCGAGAACGAAAAUCCGAGAGUGAUAAAGACGUGAAACAGGUCACAAGGGAUUAUGAUGAAGAAGAACAAGGAUAUGACAGCGAGAAGGAGAAAAAGGAAGAAAAGAAAAUGGGAGACUCAUCCUCCCCUAAAGGAAAGGAGUCUGCCGCUGAUAAAGGCAGUGGAGAUUCAGCAAGGGAAUCCAAAGUAAAUGGGGAUGAUCAUCAUGAAGAGGACAUGGAUAUGAGUGACUGAAUUUUGCCUUUGCAGUGAACACAGCUGCAGACGUGCAUCAGUGUCAUUCCUGUGUGAUUCUUUUAUGCUGUACUUGUUAAUCCUAAAUCUAGGUGUAUACAGCUCUAAGCUAUACAUGGUUUGUAAAUCUCCUGAUACUAACUCACAUCAAAAGCUUUAUGGAAAGGUAACCAUUCUUGUUACGGCCGAAAGGGAUUGCGUAGCCAAGCAAUUUUUACUAACUUGGUGAUGCUUCAAGCAACAGUAAAAAGCUGCAUGCAUCUACAGCAGGCAUGGACUGUUUGUUGUAUGAUCUCCUUUAGUAAAUCAGCUCACUUAUGAUAGUGUUUCUAGAAUUUGAUUCAUUGCAGUAAUAGAGCAGUAUAGGGAAUGCACUGACUGCAUGUUGAUUGUGGCAGAAACAUCCUAAAUGUUCUAAAGUCCUACAACAUAUGGUGGAUCUACUUAAGGGUCUUAAAUGUGACUACACAAAAAAAAAUUGACAGUACAUCUGAAAAUAAGCAUUCUGAUAUAGAUAGGUUUUUUUGUUGGGUUUUUUGUUUUUUGUUUUUUGGUUUUUUUUUUUUAAGCCAUGUGGCUGGGGUUGGUUUGUUCUGUUCUGGUUUUUUUCCGGUGGGGUUUGUUUGGCUUUGACAAAGUUAAAAUGCACUAACCUUUUUGAGGGCUUUUUUUUUUUUUUUUUAAUCAGUCAGUUCAAAUUCAUCUCAGGCGAGUUAUAAUGGUUCUUAACUUUUCUUCUCGAGCCUUGGGAAGUGAAAAUCUCUGCUUGAUCAGUGCCCAGUGAUUAAAGGUUGAUUUGUGCAGUUUUCAUAAUCCAGGUCGAUUUAUUUGUUAAUAAGCUUAAACACAUUGCAAAAAGGUAGUGCAUUUUAAAAUUGACCUUCGUAUGCUUUUAAAAGCAAGUCUACUUGAUAAUGUACUUUUUACUUGAUCUCAAGUUGUAUAAACUAAUAAAUUUGUGUUUACUGUCACUGCAGUAGUAAUCUUAUGCACACAGUGAUUCCAUGUUAUAUGCAAAGUAGUUAGGCAAGCUGUUUUCUUAGUUACGGAAGUUCAAGAGCUUUUACUUUUGUGCAGGUAAAAAGACAAAAGUAGGCUACAGUCUGUGCCAUGUUGAUGUACAGUUUCUGAAAUUGUUUUACAAAACUUUGAUAAUAAAACCCUCAAACUUA